UCGGUUGUGCUCGCACCCACCGGCCUCUUCUGCGUCCGAACACAGCCGGAGAUUGAGAGAGAGCGGGAAGAGACGGAUGGAGCUUGCGGAACGCCACAAUCCCCGGAGUAAGUGGUGAAUUCUACAUCUUUUCAAAAACACCAGAUAAAUCCAGAUUUGUGCAGACCGUGCAUUGGAACAGAUGGAUAAUGGAGACUGGGGACAUAUAAUGACUGAGCCGAUCACUCUAAAUGUGGGUGGACACUUGUAUACGACAUCGUUUACAACUCUCUCGAGGUAUCCUGAUUCGAUGUUGGGGGCCAUGUUCAGGGGCGGUUUCCCGACUGCCAGAGAUUCUCAGGGCAAUUACUUCAUUGACCGAGAUGGGCCACUUUUCCGGUACAUUCUCAACUUUUUACGAACCUCAGAGCUAACACUACCUUUGGAUUUUAAGGAAUUCGAUCUGCUUCGGAAAGAGGCGGAUUUUUACCAGAUCGAACCCUUAAUACAAUGUCUGAAUGAUCCUAAACCUUUGUAUUCGGUGGAUACUUUUGAAGAGGUAGUAGAGUUGUCUAGUACACGCAAACUAUCAAAGUACUCCAACCCAGUGGCAGUGAUCAUCACACAGCUAACCAUCACAACCAAGGUCCACUCAUUGCUGGAAGGCAUUUCCAACUAUUUCACCAAGUGGAAUAAGCAUAUGAUGGACACCAGGGACUGCCAAGUUUCUUUCACAUUUGGGCCCUGCGAUUACCACCAAGAAGUCUCUCUCAGAGUCCACCUGAUGGAGUAUAUAACAAAGCAAGGCUUCACCAUCCGAAACACGAGGGUCCACCACAUGAGUGAACGAGCCAAUGAAAACACAGUCGAGCACAACUGGACUUUCUGCAGGCUGGCGCGGAAAUCAGAUGAUUGAUUUUCCAUUCAUUCUCUUGUUUUUAAUUUUCAAGAAGAUGACCCAGCAUCCUUAGAACAAUGCAUUAGGAAUGGGUCUGGCUUUGUCUAAAACAGUAUUGGAGGCUUUCUGUUCUUAUUUUGUUAUGAAUAUUUAUUAUUGGUUUUUAAAGAUUGGAGAGUGGACAUGUGCUGGACUCUUCUGUCUUUUGUCUCGUGAGAAACGUAUGCAUGUGGCUGCUCUUAAUAUUAUGACUUUUUAAAAACAAGGGAUAAACAAGAGGGCAUCCUUUAAAAACAUGGCAGAUGAUCACAUUAUAACAUUUGUGUUUUGUUAUGGUCAUGGACCACAAUAUAGAAUGAUAAAAAUCAGCGUCCAGGUUUAAACUGCUUAAUCCAUCCCCUUAUUAUUACAACGUCUGGGAAAAAGCGUUAAAGAGUUAAAUAAAGAGUUAAAACUGGAGAAAUUCCUUCUGGAAUCUGGAUUGUCCCCAGAAAUGGCUACGGUGCUUUUGGAGAUGAAAUACUGCCAUCAUGUAACCUAACCUUGUUUUUCCUUAAUCAGUGAGUGAACAGUAUUAUAACAAUUUAGUUACCAACAAACCUCCAUUGCUUUUAUUUUCCAAAAUGCAGCAUUUUGCAGUUAUGGCAACUGUUCCUUUCUAUGCAUUAUAAAUCAAGCAACCAAAUAUUAUAUCUGCAGCUAUGAAAGUACAAUUAGAAGUAUUUAUAUUGGAUUCUGAAUGCAAAUCCAUCCUGUGGUAGAAAUCCUUGUUUUUUAAUGCCAUGUGCAAUAUUAUGUCCAAAUGUAAUGCUUUUCAACAAAACGCUAAUAAAACACAGUCUGGAAAUUA